AUUUUUACGACAUAGGAGACAUGUGAGCACAGCUCCUAAGCUACUUUAAAAGCAAGUUAACAGCUGCUAUCCAUGUGAUCAGACAUGGCAGAACAAAGUCCAGCCAAAAAAUCAAGGAAUCAGGUUAAGGGCUUCCUUUGCGACGUGAGCCCCGUAAAAGAUGCACAUUUUGAUGCCGUUCUUCAACAUGAAGGAGAAUAUAGCAAACUUGUGGUCUUCAGACCAGAAGAACACAUGCAGUUCCACAACGCUGAAAAAACCCAGAGCCUAGUUACACUAGAUGACGUGGUUUUACAGCCGUCUAUGGAGUCCAGCGGAAGAAUGAAUGUCUUCUACACUCACAGAUCCAAAAUGUCCUGUGUUUGUGACCUCAGAGAAUCAUUUAACAGCAGCUUCUUUGCUAGACCACAAGCUGUGCAAUUAUCUGAACUUCUUAACCUGCAUACAAAACCAAAAAGGGUCAGCAUUAAUGCAAAGAUUAUCCAGGAGGUGCACAGGGGAAACAGUGUUGUAUGGGAUGGACGGUAUCUUCCAAGAACCGAAUACAUUGUAGCAGAUACUACAGGCUGCAUGAGUCUGUCGGUCUGGUGUGAGCACAGCAUUAUUGUCGGUGAAUGGUACAACCUCAUAAAUGUCUCUGUCAGAGAGUUCAGGGGAAAAACAUCCCUAUCAACUACCAAAGACACACAGAUCCUCAGCAUCCCAUCUCAAGGUACAGCAGCUGCUGUUCAAGUGCCAACAGAAACAAUUAUAUGUGACAUCAUUGGUGCAAACAUUAAAAAUCUCUUCAUUUGUCCUCGUAAACAUAUACUGAAGAAUGUGACACUGUCAAGCCCAGCUGUAUAUUGUGUCUCAUGCAACACACAUUAUAAAAGCACUGCCAUCAUAAUGAAGUUUAGUGGUCACCUGGAUCUUAAACCAGAAACAGGAAAUGUUGUGAAUCCAAAGAUUGAAGACGAGGUCAUAAGGUCAGUGCUCACAGUCAAUCCCAGUGCAUCAGGACAGGACAUUAUCAAGAGCUUCAUCGCUUUGCCACCCAUGCAGAUUAUAAUUCGCAAAAACGUCAUUGUAAAGAUGGAAGAUGUUCCUCAGAAGGCUGAAAUCAAUUCUGAAGAUGAGCUUCCUAUUAAAGUGGAACCUGCGGAAGAAUCUACAGAGUUUUACUCACCCCCAGAUCAUGGCUUUCUAUUCAGUUCACAAUUCAGAAAAAGAAAAUCUACUGACUGACUGAUCAUAGAAAAUCAUAACUUCCCAUUACUGUGUUAUUCAUAGACUAAAAUCAGCAUAAAGUCUAACAGACUAUGCAUACGUAUAAACAGACAUCUAUCUGUAAUUGUCAUUAAAAUGUCAAAGCAAAAUUAUAUGUAUAAUAUAUAUAAAAUACACAAAGACUAAUAAGAUAAAAUCCUGUGUAAUUUUGCUGCAAGUUUUAAUGUAAAUUUAAUUUUCAUGUUUUUAGAUGAAAUCGUAUGUGUUUUUGGGAAAAAUUCAAUGGUGUAAAUAUAUUUUCAAAUAAUGAAAGGUCAGCUACUGUUAAUUCUAUAUAUC